AUGCGUCUCAUCAGCUCAUUCCUUCUCUCCAUUUCCCUCCUUGCAACUGCCCAGGACUUCGAUGCCCCUGGCGUGCAAAAGGAAAAGCAUAGCUACCAGAGUGACGUAGCCCGUCUCCGGAAAAUUGUUAUUAACAGGCUCGUCUUCUUGUUCUCUGUCCCAACCGUAGCUAAACGUUUGACCAUAGUCUCUACUCACACAAGUACGCAAUGCUGUGGUCCCAACAGAGACAUCUUCCUUCGGGAACUCAUCUCAAAUGCGAAUGAUGCCCUCGAGAAACUGAGGCUAACUGCUCUAACGGACAAGUCGAUAUGGGAUGGAACAGAGCCCUUGAACAUUUCCAUAAAGGCCGUUAAGGACGAGGAUGGAAAGAAUGCCAGGCUAGUUAUUUCUGAUACGGGCAUUGGCAUGUCUGCCGAAGAACUCUCCACGAACUUGGGAACCUUAGCGAAAUCUGGCACCUCAGAUUUCCUAGCCCAAGCAGAAAGUUCAGACAGCACGGGUACUGGCAAUCUCAUCGGAGCAUUCGGUCUCGGAUUCUACAGCAGCUUCCUGGUUGCCGACCGUGUCUACGUCGCCUCUAUUCCUCCGAAAACAGCUAGAAACCCCAACCCAGUCCAGAAUGUUUUCAGUUCCAAUGCUGACGACAGUGCAUUUGAGAUAUUCCCAGACCCGCGUGGAAACACCCUGGGCUCUCAUGGUACCGAAAUUACCCUCUAUCUGAAGGAAGAUUCGCUGGAAUAUCUUGAAAACGACAAGGUUACGGCUUUGGUCAAUAAACACUCAUCCUACUCGACUGCGUUCCCGAUUUACCUGUUUACUCAAACCACUGAAGAAGUACCCGAUGAGGAGGCUAUUGCCGAGGCGGCCGCCAAGGCAGCGGCUGCGGCUGCCUCUUCGAGCGCUGAAGCUGCCAAGUCCACUCCUUCUGAAGAGAAGGACAGUGAUGAGGCAAUUGUCGAGGAAGAAAAGCCAGAAACCGAGGAAAAGAAGGAGCCAGAGCCACCCAAGACUAAGACCAUCGUCGUUGACGACUGGGCUCAACUGAAUGCCCUCCCUCCUCUCUGGCAGCGCGAUCCCAAAAAUGCCACUGACGAGGACUACGAGCUGUUCUAUACCGCAUUCUGGAAAGACUACACCAAGCCCUUAUCUUGGACCCAUUUCUCUGGAGACUCGGAGUCGGGCACAUCAUUCAAGGCCAUCAUCUACCUCCCUGGGAAAUUCGACGACGAAUACUGGAAACAACCUCUGGCGUACAAGUCGGAGGAUGUCAAACUCAUGGUUAAACGUGUUUUCAUCACUUCCGAUUUGGGCGAGGAUGUCUUGCCUAAAUGGGCCAGCUGGGUGAAAGCCGUUAUUGACGCUGAGGAUCUUCCUUUGAACGUGUCUCGAGAAACGUUACAGUCAACUCGAUUCCUGCGACAACUCAAGUCCAUCAUCACCAAGCGCAUCCUUCAACUGUUCAACCGCAUCGCAGAAGAUGACGAGGAGAAGUUCAAGAAAAUUCUCGAGGUUUAUGGCUCGAUCUUCAAACUCGGUGCAGUCGAAGACUUCAAAAACCGGGAUAAACUCAUCAACCUUGCCCGUUUCUCAACCAACCAAAGGAACUACACCUCACUUGACCAGUACCUAGAGAACAAAAAGCAAGGCCAGAAACAGAUCUUCUAUCUCUCUGAGAUGGGUAAAUCAACCGAAGAUUUGGCCCAGAGUGUCUUUGUCGAGAAACUCCACGCCCGUGGGUACGAGGUUUUACUGCUCAACGAGCCGUUAGAUGAGAUCCUCGUCCAAAACCUCCGUCAAUACAAGAACAUCCCUUUCCAGGACGUUGCCAAAGCUGGUCUCAAGUUUGGUGAUGAGGACGUCGAGAAAGAGGAGAAAGAGGAAAAGGAAGAGCAAACUGAGCGAUAUGCUCCUUUGCUCAAGUAUUUGAAAGAACACUCGAAAGACGUUGUCCGAGAUGUCGUUAUCUCCAACCGAUUGGUUGCGAGUCCCUGUGCGGUCGUGGCUGAUAGCCACGGUUACACUGGUAACAUCCAAAGGAUGAUGAGUGCGCAGACGAAAAAGGAAUCGGGAAACAAUGCGUACAUGCACGAAUUUGCCAAAAAAGCCAAAGUCCUCGAAAUCAACCCUCGCUCACCUCUCAUCGAGGGUAUGCUGCGACGUGUUCAGAGGCUACCGGCCGAAGACGAAGAGCGUGAUGAGGAACUCGAGGCUCAGAUCAAUGAGGCGGCUUCUAUCUUGGUUGACGGCGCACUCGUCCGUUCUGGAUUCGAAGUUCCCAACGCCAACUUAUUCUUCACUCGUGUGGACCGAGUACUUCGCCGUUCCCUCGGUGUCGAUGAGUUAGCGCCAACAGAUACCUCUGUAAAACCUGCGCCGCCAGUUGACCCAGAGGUCCCAGAAGAGGGUUACCCCCCCGAAUUUGAAUACCCCCCUGGUACCGAAAAGCCAGGCAUCCACCUUCCUGACCACAUGAAAGACCAAGUCUCGAUUGAGAUGGAGGAGAUUGACGACGAUGGGAAUACCGUUGUCCACGAUGAGCUCUAG